GUACACAUGGCGAAAAAGAGGAAGAAAUCUUGGGCGACCGAUCGAUAACAGGGUCAUUUUGACAGUUGACGGUCGCUCUUUUCUUCCGAAUCUGUCCGCCAUGAAUGCUUUAAACAUCUACCUGUCCACCUGCCGUUACGUGAUGCAGAUGCGACUAGAAGAUGAAGAUAGCUGGGUCGACCUUUACCGGUUUUUACCUUAUCUUCGCCAAGCACUGACGUGCUGUGUGUGUGGUGGGAUUUUGCGACAACCCACAAGCCCCGUCAAUGUGAAAUCUUGCCAGCAUCAUGUCUGUAAAAACUGUAUCGGUGGAAAGAUGAAGGUACGACCAUCGUGCAGCUGGUGUAAAGAAUGGGACCAAUUCGUGGAAAAUAUCCAGCUGCGAAUUUUGCUCCAGUGUUUUAAGGAGCUGUGUAGUCAUCUGUCAGAGUCGCCUAUAUAUAAUGCAUUAACGACAUCGCAUCUUGGAGAAAAGUUCAAGAUUUCCACAAUCCUCCAAGAUGGGUUGAAUAUUGAAGACUACAAGUAUCCUGCUAAAAACAAAUUUGCAAACAUAUCAAAUUGGCCACUCCCUCAUUUCACAUUCCUGUCAACUAGUUCGUCUACCAUCAGCAGUUCAAAUCGUGCGAGUGUUUGCUCAGGGAAACAGGUAGAUGCAGAAACAUCUGUUAAUGAGUCUGAUUUGGCAGACAGCAAACAAAGUGAGUCUGAAGACAGGGACGUGUCCAGUUCUUUGUCCACAUCAGACGUUUCCUGCGAACCAGUGCACAAGUCACGGCGCGUAUCGGCUCCUGAUUUUCCUCAAAGAUUGUUUAAGAACGACCCAGAUUCAACCAAUCAAAAUCUUUGUCUUAAAAAAGUGAAAAAUCCUACUGAACCGAGUGAAAAUGAUACCCUUACAAGUAGUGAAUUCAAAAGUGUUGUAGUGUUAGAAAGCGAAGAUGCAAAAAUGGGUGACAGUCAUAUGAAAAAAGCUCAGAAUUCAAAUAAUCAAACCAAGCGAGUGAAACACGCUUCAGAACCAAUGCGAAAAGGCUGCCGUUGUGGGACAGCGAACAUCCCAAACAAACUGACGUGUUACUGUCAACGUUGUCCGUGCUACAGUCAGCGCCAAGGGUGUUUUGGGUGCAAGUGUCGAGGGUGUAGAAACCCAUACAACAAGAAGAAACCCGCUGUACCAGCUGACAGUUCAACUUUGCAGGAAGUGAAUGUUGAAACCUAAAUGCUAGCUUGUGCGGUUUUGAAAUUUUCUUUAAUAUAGAAUUUCUGUUCGUUGAUAUUAGUUAAGGGCAUGUAUAUACAACUUCAGCAUACAAUUUACGAUCUAGAUUUUCAAUACACUCUAUACACAUAAAUGGAACUAGUCUCAGUGGCUUAUUUAGAAUUUUUAAUUUUGCCAGUGUGAAUUGAAAAGUGCUACAAUAUUUAUUUUGAAGUUGAAUUUUUUUUUCAGUUAGAUAUGAUCUGACUUGAGCACAUUUUUUUCUCUUGCUUAGAAUCAUGGUUUGGCUGUUCAAAGUCCCUAUCUUUUCACUGUAUGAGUAUAAGGCAUGUCACAUUUGAUUCAUUGUUUCCCACCAUCCCAACGCGUUAUUUUACGGUGGCCUAAUGGUUAAAGGGUCCGCCUCAAAGUUGAGAAACCUGGGAUCAAACCUGGGUAAUGUCAUACUAAGGAUUUUGAAAAUGGUAUUUGUUACUGCAUUGCUUGGCGCUCAACACUUAGAGGUUAGAUGAAGGAAGUAGGACUCGGGUUGUCAUGUCUGGUGUCUGUAGUUUGUCUCAGUGGCAGUAGCAGUUUGGCAGCAUCGCCCUGCCAAAAGACAACACAUUAUAUGUACACACACGUAAUGGCUCGUCGUUGUCAUUUGUCUGAAAAAUAGUUAAGACUUAAAACCCAGCAUACAUGCAUAUGUUAUUUUAAUCCUUGUAUCAGAAGUCAUUGUUCAGUGUUUUUGCCAAAAAUUACCACAGUAAUAACAAUACAAAAUAAAAGUUGUUCUGUCUCCUUCACCAAUUUUACAAUAUAUUCUAACGGGAAGUGGAGAAUCAAGUGUUAUUGGCUAAGUCAUAUUAGACUCUUGGGACAUGAUCGGGAGGUAAUUAUGUCCCUCUCAGGGAGGCAAUGGACAACAGAUCCAUCAGAACGUGAUGGGGAGGUAAUUAUGUCCCUCUCAGGGAGGCGAUGGACGACAGAUCCAUCAGAACGUGAUGGGGAGAUAAUUAUGUCCCUCUCAGGGAGGCGAUGGACGACAGAUCCAUCAGAACGUGAUGGGGAGGUAAUUAUGUCCCUCUCAGGGAGGCAAUGGACGACAGAUCCAUCAGAACGUGAUGGGGAGGUAAUUAACAUGGUGGGAUGAUUACCGGAAAAAAAGAACCAUUUAUGAGCAGAAUGAAAGUUGAAAAAGAGAAGUGAUCUUUAUAGCUUUAAAGGAUGAUUAGAAGUAGUAUAAAAGGUUGUCAAUUGACUUAGUUUUAAAUUUCUCUGAAGAUUGAGGGAAAUAGUAUGUCUUUGUUAUGCCUCUCUGGGUUGAAGUGGAGUCUGAGAGCUGGCUUUGUAACUGUCUGAAACAAGUGUUAACUUAUCAGUAUAUAUGACAUGAUUUGAUAGAAACCUUGCAGGGCAGUGGUGUCAAACCAAGGCAGAUGUAAACAGUAAGUAAUUAGCAGUCAGAUCAAGUUUUUUCAGUGUAUGAAUGUUAAAAUACAAGACCCUUUUGUAUUGAAAUUUAUCUGUGUAUUGUAGAAUAAUGAAAGAGCCUAAAUUGAAGAUUGUUAGAAUCUGUGACUAUCUUUUACAACCUAUACAAGGUAGAAACCCUGCAGUCAUACUGUCUAAAUUUAGAUCCAUUGAUUAAACAGAAAGAUACAGUAGGUGUACCAUAAAGUGACCUCCUAGAUACAGAACCAGAUCAGAGUAAGCCAGGGAAUGUUGGUCUGCCACAGCAGCGUGGGAUUAUGAUAAUGGUCUUUAGCAAUAUGGAAAACUGAUUAUCAAGUGUGAUUAUGAUGAAAAACAUUUUACUGGUGUCACACAUUCAAGGACAAAGUACAGAGUGAAGCUACUGGCCAAACAUGUCAAAUCUACCAAGUAAUUCAAAUUCCUCUGCUGCUUUAGCUGAUGUCUGAUUUUUAGUUUUUAUCCCAUGAAUUUAUUUUUAAAAUUUUUGGAAAAUAUGAUAUCGUUAGAACUGCCUCUUAUACUUUUAUAUUGUACAGGAUUGCUGUAAAUCUGUAUAUAUGUGUAUUAUAUGAAUGGUUAUCUGUUGAAAUAUCUUGUGUGCAGACAGUUUACAUUUGCUGUAAGAUAUGUGUACAUUAUUGUAGAU